UGGGACAAUUAGAGGCAAGUGAGUUUCUCUGCCGACCGGAGCUCAGAGCAGGGCUGAAAACUGUUGGUGCAACUUCAUGCAGGUUUCUUGGAGCCUUUUUUUGGACUGAAUCGACUCCGUUUUUUAACUUAUGUGCAGUGAAUAUGGUUUGUAAAAACCGGCUGCUACUCUUCGAUGCUGCAGACAGUAGAGUCGUUUUAGGCUUUGUACUUUGAUUCGGUUGAUUUUUAAAUGUGAAUAUAAAGAUUUUUCAUUUUAUUUUUGACAGUAUUAUUUUAUUGCAUCAGCUCCUCCAGUUCGCCUCUGGGGCCUUAUUCAUUAGUAAGCACAAUCUACUUCAUCGGGUUACACGCGGCUGCGGAGCUACGUGACUGCACUCAUUCGCAGCUUUACUAAAAACGGGAACUGACUACUUGGAAACUGCCGGUCAGCAUCUUUUGUCUCUUCUGACUAGGACGGUGUUUUCUUUUUUUCUUCUUUUUUUUUAUGUUGGAUUGUUUUUUUAUUGUGUGCAUCGGGAGGCAUCAUCCACCCGCCUCCACUCGUAGACAUCGCGAAAUGAAACUCGGUUUUGUCAUCCAGACUGCAGUGGCGCUUUAUCUGCUGCUCUCACCUGCACAGAGUCUUCCCUUGUCAGGCAUAAACAGUACGACUGAAGUGUUGAUGUUCCAAGAAGUGUGGGGCCGCAGCUUCUGCCGGACCAUUGAGAAGCUGGUAGAGGUGGUGCAGGAGUACCCAACAGAGGUGGAGCACAUCUACAGCCCCUCCUGUGUGCCGCUGGUGAGGUGUGCAGGUUGCUGUGGGGAUGAAAACCUGGAGUGUCAUCCCACGCAAACGACAAACGUCACCAUGCAGCUGUUGAAAAUCAGGCCCUCAGAGCCAGAUCAAGAAUAUGUUGAGAUGACGUUUGUGGAGCAUCAGACAUGUGAAUGUAGAGUCAGGAAACCUAUUGUGAAGGUUGAAAGGAAAAGACCAAGAGGAAGAGGAAGGAAGAGGAAGGAGAGACAAAAAACAAAAGAAUGUGACAGGUGCCAGAACCCUCGCAGGUAACUGCAGUGGCGACCCAACCACCUGUUGCAGUGUGGCUCACUAUUUAUUUCCAACCCAGUGACAGCAUCAAGAGUCUCCUCCACUCAUCUAUUAAUACUGGGUCUGCAGACUCAAACAGCUGGGUUGUUUUGUUGACACGCCCUCCUGCUGAUGGGCACAGCGUUUGUAAUGACGAGCUUCAACAGGAAGUGUGUUUUGAUUGGUGGAAACACUGCUGUUCCACACCUGACACAAUGGACAUGCCUGGGAGCCAGUGCAAUGUAGAACCAAACAGACAAUGCCUUCUAUUUUAUACUAGCUAUUACUGUAUCAGUUAUUGUAAUUUGGUCAUUUCUUUGGUAUUUAAAGGUGGCUACACUUGUUUAAAGUCUAUAUUUAUUGAUACAGCUAAAUAUAUUUGGACCAAUCUUUAAAAAGUUUGUCAUUCUUUGUUCAAACAUUAUCCAAGAAGCUUUGACUUGUCAUAGCAGCAUAUGUUGGACUGAGUGUGCAGCUGCUUUGUACAUUCAAUAAUGUAAUGUCUCCCUCUAGUGUUUAUGGAAACAGUGUUCAAAACUACUCUAUAGGAAAGUAUUUUUUUUCUAGGUCAACUCCAGAAAUGAGAUUAUAGAAAGGGCAGUGUUGUCAGCCACAUUCAAUCACAUCAUUAGCUUAUUGGAGUCUUCUACCUAUUCGUUCUGUAAGUAUAGAUAUGAGUUUGAAGUGUUUUACUGUCAAUUCAGACCAAAUAAGAACAGUAUUUAUCAGAAAAGGAUUAUGUCCACAGAAGAUUGUGUAUAAAUAAAUAACUGUGAUAUAUCAAAGAACAGACAAGGCAAGCCCAGUAGGAAUGGGCAGAUCACUACACAAAUCAAUACACUCAAGCACUAAUUUGGUGAUGAUACCUAUGAAAGAGUAUCAGUUAUAAUUGUUUUUUCACUGUUUUAAUGCCAUUGCAAGGUUCUCACAGAUAUAAAAGCAUUUUCGGUUGUUUGUGCAGUUAAGCAGCACACAUUUGUGUCCACCCUGGUGAGUGUCUCCCAUAAGCCCACACCACAGGUGGCUUCCUUUGUCUGUUUUUGGAAACACUGCAGUUAGGAAGGGAUCAAUUGCAGUAGUUCUGUAAAAUUAUGUCCUUUUGUAUUUUUUUUCAUGAACUACAUAAAGAAAAUCUCUAUGACAAUGUAAAAAUUAACAUUUCUACUGUGUUAGUAUUUUUAUUUCAUUUAAAUAUUUAUUUUGUAAUUAAAUUGUUAUGUUGUCAGCUUG